AUGACACCAAACCUCCCCACCCCAUGGCGCGCAUACUCCUCACUUAACCGCUCUAUCCCCUUCAACUUCUUCGCCGGCUACACCAUCGCAAACAUGUCCUCCGCAACCUUCCCCGCAACCCCAUAUGCCCCAACAUACGAUAAUUGGCCGUAUACCGACUCGGACUUCGUGCGAUACGACGAGAACGACGAUGGCGUAUUUUACCGACAGCCCAGACUAGUCACGCAUAUUGACGACCCAUCGAUAGCGCGAUUGACACACUACUACGAUACUGUAUUACCGAAGACAGGAAAGAUUAUGGAUAUGUGCACGAGUUGGAAGUCGUUCUACCCACCGUCCAUGAAAGAAGCGAUUCAGAAGGGAGACUUGGAAGUUUAUGGUGUGGGACUCAAUGAGGAGGAAAUGGCAGUCAAUGGCGUGUUCCAGGGCCCCGACCGCUGGCGUGUGCUCGAUCUGAACAAACCGCCACACGAUGUACGCACAGCAUGGGAAAACGGACAGGAUCUACAAUUCGACGCAACGACGUGCGUUGUCAGUAUCGACUACCUCAACAACCCGCUCGAAGUCUGCAAGAAGCUUUUGGAAGCCACAAAGGAGGGUGGGAGCGUUCAUCUCGUUAUUAGCAAUCGGUGCUUCCCGAACAAAGUGGUCAGAAGGUGGAUGAUGCUGGACGAGCGCUCGCGACUGGAGUUUGUUGGCGAUUAUUUGCAUUUUGCGGGGUGGAAGAACGUCCAUAUUGUAGAUCUUUGCGCGAGGGAUGAGAAUGGCAUGCGCACUACUGAUGAUCAAGGAACGGUACUUGUGAGAUCGCAGCGACUUCCAGAUCAUUUGGACCCAUUGUGGGUCGUGCGCGCGACGAAGGGGUCAUAG